GUCAGUACAUAAGCUAUUGUAGUAGUUGAUAUCGCAUCAGUUGUUAGUGAGGCGUGAACGCUGCACCAUGGCAGAUAAAUAUUACGGUUGGGGUGGAAUGCCGCCGCACCACGGCUACCCUCAUGGACCACCUGGAUCUGGUGCCCCUGGCCACCCUCCCCAGACGUACCCUUACGGCCCAGGGGUCGUGUUCUACCCGGUCCACCCCGCGUACUUCUACCCACCACACCACCAUCCUCCCUACCCCCCACCACCCGACACGGUCCAAGUAGUUGACUCCCCACCAGAGGAACCUGAAUUAACCGGAGAGACAGUCGAGUUGCCUUGGAGCACAUAUCGUUGGGUCCCAGCAUGUUUGAGUCAGAGGAGCAUACCCAUGGGCGCGCUGCGCGUGGGCACAGACGCAGAUGGUGAUGAGAUCUACGCAGGUAGAGCCCACCACGAGGGUGACGUCCUGCCUGCUAAAGUCAUCCCCACAAAGAAUGCAUGCUACAUCGCGUAUGGUGGUGAAGAGAUCCUGAAAGACCAGUUUGAGGUGCUGGUACCAGCCAUGUUCUCGUGGCAGUUCUCCACUGGUGGAAACGUACCCCCGGGCGCAGUCGAGGCUGGCAUGACUGCUGAUGGUGAGAAGCUCUACUUCGGAAGAGUUACGCAUGAUGGCUGCACUACUCCUGGAAAGAUUCACCAGAGCCACGGCGUCUGCUACUACCCAUUCGAUGGAGAAGAGAGGAGCUCCGCCGAGUACGAGUGCCUCGUCCUUUUCUAAACCAAUAAGUGCAACAAAGAUAGUCUGAGUGUCAUAUCAGGGAUAAUUUAUUUUAAGCGUAGCAUUUUUAAUACCAAAUAAUUGUGGUACUUAUUGCAUUUACAUAAGUUUAAAAAGUACAUACUACAUUAAUAUAUAUAUCGAGUAUUUACGUUUGUUAAUUACAUAUCAUAUAUUUCCGCUAUAGAUUAUGUAAGUCAAUUAAUAAUCAUACAUUAACGUAAUGUAAAUUAAAUAGUUAAAGUGACAUUAUUGCAAUAAUAGUCUUGAAAUAUAUUUUGGAUACAUUUGUCA